CAGGUGAACACCAUCUCCAAGACAAAAACAGGUACAAUAUUGUGUUCAAAAAUACUGUAAAAUUGCAUGCCAGUGGAAAUAACUGCAUGGAUAUGAUGAAAUGAUGGGAAACGAUAAAAGGCGCUUAUUCCCGAAAGCUAGACAUGCGAUUCUAACUAGACUCGCUGGAAAACACACAGUCUAGUUAAAAAGAAGUGUCUAGCUGGAAUCGAAACUUAACAAGAUUUAUGAGCCCGCGCAAUUUAAAUACGUAGACAAUUGGGGGGGGGGGCUCAAGCCCCCCAGCCCCCCCAGCGCUCCACUUCCGACGGCCUUGAAGCGUAUCGAGUUUUCUCCAUCCACACGAACAAAUUUCUCUGACUAUAGCUCAGUUUGGACAAAGUUCUUUGCAAAGGGAAAAUUUUUCAAGUUUUGUCGUAUACAAAUAAAACUUGCCAAGGAAAAACGUAUCAAGGAAAACUUGCUCGUAGUCGUGUGUACAAGGCUUUAAGGCAUCAUUGUGUGGGUGAAGCGUGGUUCUUAAUUAUUGCCGUGUAUUCAGCCAUUACCAGACACAAGCUUGAAGAAAGGUUUCAUGGACGUAGAUUUACAACUAUUAUAUCUUUGUUCAAUCUUUGAAUAGAGCGUGCAUUCCUGCCAAAGCCGAACCAACGCUAAACUCGAGUUCUUGUUAUCCUUUGGUAAACUUUACCCGACCUUUCUGUCAAAAUUAUGGAAUCGCUUUACCCAACUACGUAUAUCAGACGCCCGACCAGCAAAAUAAUAGAAACCAUGAAGCUAACAAGGACGAUGAUAUAAUUAUGAAGCUGGGCGGCCCAUCAAGUAUAAGUCGUAAUUUAGAAGUUGACAUCAACACUGUUAGAAAAUGCCUACAAGCUGUCGCCAUAGGGUAUUGUCAUCUAAACUUUCCGAGUUGUGAUCGAACCGAUAGCGUGUUUAAAGAGCAAAAGAUAUGUCGUGAAUCGUGUCUUGAAUUGACUCAUAUGUGUGGAGAACUGUGGGAAAUGUUCGUAAGGUGGUAUGCAGUAGGUCACCCCUACCACCCGGAAAAAAAGGCCUUUCGUUGCGAACUACAACCGUCUAGGAAUGCUGGUGAUUCCCCAGAAUGCUGGUAUUUCAAUGGAAACGCAAGCUCUGCAGGUAAUUACAUUAUAAUUGGGGCAGUGCGUGGGAGAUGCAGUAAUUCGCUGUCCGUGAACGUUGAAUUAAAGAGUUUUAUACACGCGAGUCGUUACUAAUUUUUCAUUAAAAUCCGACCUGAAGCUGGUCCAUGGCAGCGAUCUACUUACAUGAGUGACUACCCUUAAGCCUGCAGCACACGAGAGCUAUCUGCUGAGCAAAAAGUUACUCGUGCCUGUUAGCUCAGCCGAUAGCUCACCGUGUGCGCGUACAUUUUACUGAGUUUUUUGCCUCAUGCAACCUUUUCUCAUGUAUCAAACAUGUUUGAUCGGUGAGCUAUCAGCUGAGCUAACAGGCACGAGUAACUUUUGGCUCAGCAGAUAGCUCUCGUGUGCGGCAGGCUUAAGCUGUCUUGAUCAUGAUGUGCUUGCCUACGAACGAGUUUGUGAUUGGUUGAAGAUAACAAUGAAAGACAUUGAACAAUAUAUUGAAAUUACCUUUCCAAAGAGCGAGUCAUACAAACUGAUCACUAUUGUUUUAUGAAGCCACUCAUAAAAACACGAUUAUUUUAGGUUGGUAUUUACCCGAUGCUUGAAAAUUUGCCCAAAGCAUCAGUCAAUUAAACAAAAUGAGUUGGCAAGAUGAGCUGCGAGUUGACAAGCGAGUGUUUGCAUAAGAAUUAUCUCAGCUCUCGUGCCCAGGUCUCACAGAAUGAGAACAAAAGUUAUAUGAGAGUUGAUUAUAUAAUUACUUCGUCAAUUAAUUCCCAUCAACUCUCAUCAGAGUUAACCCAGCUCAGCUUUAAUGAGAGUUGAUGAGAACAGCUAGGGCCGCACAGAGAAAUUCGGGGGCCCGGGGCAAAUUUUUAAUUAGGAGCCCUUAUUUUUUCCCAAAAUUGUUGGCGGGGGGAGGGGGGGGGGGGUAAAAGAAAUUUUCCCGACAUACCCCAAAAAAGACAUACAGCAGGGAAAUUAUGGUUAAAAAAUCUUUUUCCGGGCAUAUACAGCAGGAAAAUUAAGGUUCAAAAAUAUUUUCCAGACAAAUACGUAUAAAAUCGCGGCUAACUACAUUUUUUCGGACCCUUAAUACUACUAAACGUAAGUCUAAAAUGUUUCUCUCAUACCAUUACUUAUAUAAAAAACGUUCCGACUAGUUUUUUUGUACUUACACCUUUGCCCCCUUCUUUUGCAAAUUUUGGGGGCCCCUUUAACUGGUUGCCCUGGGCAAAUUACCCCGUUUGCCCCCAUCCCCCUCUGGGCGGUCCUGGAUGAGAGUGUAUGCGUCAAAAGCAAACAAGAGUUGCAACUUUCAUCAACUCUGGUUUUCUUCCAUCAUUAAAAACUCGUUCACUUCGGUUGUGCGCCGUGAUCAGACAUGGGUGAUAUGAAGACAACUAGAGGCAUUCGUAGUUCUAAUUGUGUACUUUCUAAAAAUACCACGCGUAAUAGUGCUUCUUAAUUACUACAGCAUGUAAAGUUGUAAAUCACAUAUAUUAUUUCUGGCUCAAUCAACCUUGAUCGUAUUAGAAUCGCAUCUAUGUUUACUCUGCCUCGAAUUUGUUCAUUUUAGAUACAUCUUCAGCUCCAGAAUGGGCUACAAACGCAG